UUUAUCUCACUGAUUUAUUGAAAUAUUGCCCAAACAAAACACUUUCAUGGUUUAAAACAAUCAAGAUCUCGUUGGAUAUUUCCGUCAAAACUCAAUCUGGCAUUUCAAUCACACUGUCGGUUAUCUUACUCAUACAUGGUUGGAGGAGAGGGGUAAUCUGAUCCCCAAACUUCGAAAAAUAUGGACUGUGAACGAGCUUCCCUCCAAAAUUGGCCUGCUCUUGGUCAAAGCAACUCUGAGCCACUUUUCAAUAUUUUUUGUAUACGGAAUGCUGGGGUAGAAGGGGUGAACCUCGCCCGGCUAACGAAGCCAGCCAUUACAUCAUCCUUAUAUUGUUCCAAUCGACAAUGUCAUAGUACGUAUCAGAUUGGUUCCCUAUCUGUGGGUGUGGUAAGCGUCUAAAAGUUUCCUUGAGAAAGGUUGGGGAGGAGAAUCGAACUGGGGAACCUCUCUCAUGUUAGAAAACUGCGCUAACCACUACUCCAUGUCUCCUCCCUAAUUAGAGUAAUGAAAUAUGGAACUUAAAAUGCUUCAAAUGAAGGCGGGUCAUUUUUAUAUCAUUUAACUGUAAAAUGGUUCGUUUCAAAGUUAUGUUUUGAAAAGUUUAUGUAGCUGACCAAGAGCAGGCCGAAAAUUUGAAUUUUUUGUAGCUUUUACUACAUAACUUUGGCCUUAUCUCUUGAGUUCCCUAAGGAUUGUUUUGAGCUCAAAACAAGUUCAUCAAGUUCAUCUAUUCAACAAGAUCUUGUGGUCAUUUGGAAUAAAGUGAACUGAUUAACAGAUAACAAAUUUUGAGUUCCAUUCGCAGUCCACUCCUCUGGAAGUCCGUGUCUGAUCAUGGAAAAAUUCAGCAUGGAAGAAGUCUUGACUUUUGAACAAGUCUUGAGGGUACCACCGGGAACAGUUACUGAGUGCAUGCGAAGUUCUGCAUGACUUUUAAAAUUGAUCGAAGUAUCAUACUAAACCUUUACUGUAAAUUUGCAUUUAGCUCUUUGGAAAUUGGUGUGUUUCUGUACCAUAUAAUUCAUCUUCAAGCCGAGCAUUGUCUGCUCAUUGACGACGCAGGGCCUGCUCCAAUAUGCUCGGCCUUGAUUUACAAUCCCUACCGCAGAUAUGAGGUCUGGCGAUACAUCUCAUACUUUCUCACUCAUGCCGGAUGGUUGCAUUUAGCAUCAAAUGUCACUUCUCAAAUUGUUUUGGGAAUGCUAUUGGAAAUCAUCAACGGAUGGUGGCGUGUGGGUCUGAUCUAUUUGGGUGGGGUGCUCUCCGGGUCCUUGCUGACAUCGGUCGUGGAUCCCAGGGUUUACUUGGUUGGAGCAUCGGGUGGCGUGUACGCUUUGAUAGCGGCCCAUGUUCCCACCCUCAUCUUGAACUUCAGGAGCAUGAAUUCCUGGUUGGAAUGGGGAAUCAAUUUGUACGUCAUUGGUUUAGGAUUAUUCGACGUUUGUCACGCCAUCUAUAUUCGAUAUACCGCCCAAAGUGCCCUGGCUGGAUCUGUGGGAUAUGCCGCCCAUUUUGGGGGUGCCCUGGGAGGAUUUUUAUUGGGAGUUCUCAUCCUAAAGAAUAUCGAAGUGGAGAAAUGGGAAACAAAACUUCAGGUGACUUGCAUCCUGGUCUGGACUUUGGGCGUGGCGUUUGCCAUCAUUUUCAACGCCGUGGGCGGGACUGCCAUUUAUCCAAGAACUGAUUGGGGUUGGAUCUACGACUGUUCUUACAAGCGUUUCAGCGGAUGCUGAGAAUUUUCCCUCCAUUUCGAGCCUUCAUAAAUAAACGUUUCCAUGCAUGAUUUCCAUGCACUUCUUCAA